AGCGCCAACCAACGCCAGCAUCCUACUGGGCAUCUGCGAUAUAUCUUCAUCUACAAUUACCUUCGUAACCCGUGUACCUAACUGCCAAAAUGUUGCCUAGUGAAAGUACAGCCAUUGACACUAGUCUUCUGAAGAAUUUCAGAGUCAAAAUGUCAAUAGAUUUUCUCCGCAACCUCAGUGUUUACAACAGCUCUGGGAUCUAUAUUUUCAAUGACAAUGAGGAAGAACCUGUCAUAUUUACGCCGGAGACGAGAAUUGUUCCCGCUUUGUUUCUUAUUAUUUUUGUUGUUGGGCUUAUUGGAAAUGGCCUGCUUGUGUACAUCGUCGUCCGCCACGCCGCCAUGCGCACCGUCACCAACUUGUACCUUGUGAACUUGUCGGUAGUGGAUAUUCUGUUUCUUGUGGCAUGUGUUCCUCUAACGUCAGUUGCCUAUGGAAUCACCGACUGGCCCUUUGGAGAUGGUCUAUGUAAAUUUGUGAACUACACAAUGGGCGUCUGUCUCGCCGUCAGCGUUAUGACCUUGGCCGCCACUGGCCUUGACCGAUACUAUGCGAUUAUACACCCUGUAAGAUCAAGGACGUUCAGAACCUCAAAGCGAGCAAUGGCAAUAAUGCUUGGCAUCUGGGUGGCAUCUGUACUCAUAAUGGUUCCAAGAGCAUUCCUAUACGGCCUCAGCGAACUGUGGCACUUCCACGACAUGAGGAUGUUCUGCAACCGCCACCAGGGGGCGCACGACCAGAUUUGGAUUGUGCGGAGGAAGGUGGACUCCAUCUUGAUGUUCCUGGCGAUGUUCCUUCUCCCCCAGGUCAUCCUGAGCUUCUGCCACUGUAGGAUUGUACGGAAACUAUGGACAAGCGUCAGACCAGGGUCAAGGCCAAAUGACAUAUCCCUGACCGCCCUUAGAGCUAGGAGGAAGAUAGCUAAAAUAAUAUUUGCAAUUACUGUAGCUUUUGGUGUUGGCUGGUUGCCAAUCCAUAUCGUACGACUUCACGAAGAUUUCAUUGGCUCGGGAAACAAAAUAAUUUUCAAAGACAGGGAAGUAUUUGCCCUUUGUUUUUCCUAUGGAGCAAAUGCGAUUAAUCCAAUAAUAUAUUGCCUGUUGAGUGGCAACUUUAGGUAUCAUUUUAAAAUGGCCAUAAUGUGCAAGAGGCAUCCUAGUAGGCGAGUGAGAAGAUUUCUUUCCACGUCACAGCGCCCUAUGCAGGAGAUUAGGAACUUUGACGUCAAUCAACCAGGACGUUCGAACAGGCUAAGAGACCAAGAUAAGCACUGUUGUCGCAAUGACCACCUUUCGCCUGCUGGCCAUAGCCACCGAAGGAGUCGAACUCAAGCUAUGGCCCGUAUUGGACUGGAUGGAUGCUAUGUCCAACAACCACUUUUUGGUGUGUCUUUCCAGCGAAUGGAUUUACCCUCGGUGGUUUAAAGGUUAUCAAAUGCAUAUGUGUUGUGUGAAUGAAUGACAACCAAAAGAAGAAAGGACAUACGGUUUUAUAUACGACCUGCAACAGGUCAGACGGUGUAUGGAGUUGACAAUCUGCAGUGACAGUGGGGCCGGUGGUGGUGGUGUGUGUGUUUGUGUGUGUGUGUGGGGGGACAUUUGCUGUGACAUAUUGCAUAUGCACUGUAUGUAAUGUACUACCCGCCGCAGAAGCUUGUGUUUCUGAAGAUGGUCAUACGGUGUACGGUUGACUUUAAAGUCCGAACUGAGAAUAGGGCGAUAAGGCAGUUUGUUUGUUUGUUUGUUUGUUUGUUUGUUUAACGCCGCACUCAGCGAUAUUCCAGCUAUAUGACGGCGGUCUGUAAAUAAUCGAGUCUGGACCAGACA